AUGGGCAUAGACUUGUUUCGGUAUCUCAUCUCACACAACUGGGGAGAGUAUUCUUCUUGGCUCGAUUCCUCAGUCACACCAUUUGCAGUUAGCUCUGGAAGUCGACGGCUCCCGCCGUCGACAUUUCUCUUGGCGCCGGUUCCUCCCACCUCUCCCACCUCUGACCUCCGUAUCGUUGCCUCGAUCCAGCGCCACCGCCGUCCUACUCACUUCCGCCACUAUUUCACUGCAGCGCCGUCGAUUUCCUCCAAAUUCCGUUUCCUCCGCCGACGCUUUCACUGCACCAUCAAAAGAGAAAGUCAGCCUGAUGUAUUAAGAUACUUUGAAGCUCAAUUGGAAUAAAUGAUUCAUGAAAUUAAUACUGUGGCUCUCAAUGAACACAUAUUAGUGAUAACAAAUCAGCCCCUUAACAUCACUAAUAGUUCCAUUAGGUAGUGAUAUAUUGCGACUUGUGAGGCACAAACCAUGAAGCCUGGUUUAACGAUCUCUGACCAAAAAAUGUUAAAUAUGGUCCAUUUAUUUGGCAUAUUUUGUGCAGGGGAAAAUGGAAGCCUAUGGAGCAAUUGUUAGUCAGUAAAUCAUGAGAUUAUUACUUUUAUUUAUUUUUAUUUAUUUAUUUUACAUUAUGCCAUCUUAGAAAUCCAUC